AUGAAGACCAUCGCACCAACAAUCCUUGCUCUAGCUUCUGCUCCUGCUGUUACAAGCGCAUGGAGCAGUCUCUAUUUUCCAGUUGUUCCAUCUGCCAACACCAUGAUGCGGAGAAACCGAGCCUUCGCCAACCAGUUCUUCCAAGAGACACAGCUCGCUUCUCCUCGCUACGAGCUCAUCGACAAUGAAGACAAGUUUCAACUAUCUGUGGAUGUUCCAGGAGUCAAGAUGGAAGACAUUGAUGUGAGCUUAGAAGAUGGACAUUUGACCGUUAGCGGGCAGCGUUUGUCGUCGAGUGAUAACUCUCGCUUCGCUUCCAAGUUUUCCCAAACCUUUUCUUUGGAUCCAGCGGUGGAUGUGGACCAAUUUAGUGCCAGCUUGGACAACGGGGUCCUAGUCGUGGCGGCACCAAAGGACAUGAAGAGAAUCGAGGAGAACAUUAAGAAGAUUCCCGUAAUGCAAGGAAAAAGCGAGGCGGCGAUCGGAGGUACAUCGGAGGUUGAGGAGACAUCUCCUCUAGCUACCGACGAUACUUUGGAUCUUGACACGACUGGCGUGGAAGCUUCUGGAGAUGUCAAAGUUAUUGAGACUGAAUCAGCAUAG